AUCUGAGCUGCUCGCUCAUCCUUGUAUGCUUGAUGCUGUUUCAGUGAUUUGGAUUGUGGUGCUGUUAAUUUUCUGGUUGCUGAGCCUCAUGUAUCGUUACUAGGCGUGCACGCAAAUAUGGCCGAUUGGGUCACAAAUGACAAACCUACCAGAGCAAGUACUUAUCUGCUGGUUGUGGACCAUUGUUUUUAGCCUAUACAAAGGAACAAAACUUGAUUAGCUGGACGGAAUUGGUCCACAAAUACCAGACUGACAUGAGACCAAGCCAAGCUGUGCCUGCAGCAAAAGAGGAAUAGGUUAAAAUUGCUGUCAAAUACUAUAUUUAUAGUUGUGGUUGUGAUUAUAUUAAAUUGUAUUGUAUUGUAAUUACAUCUUAAAAAUUUCCUUGAAAUUUUAGCUUCGCUUGGUGUCCAUGAAUCAAAAGAACCAGAAGAGGAGGAAUGGCCGGCCAGUGUUCAGAAAAAGGGUGAAAUUUGUAAGGUUUUCUGAACAUAGAAAUCUAUGUACUUUACGACAGAUGAUUCCAGGGUGUGAGGAGGCUGAUCUAGCAACCCUGUUACAGAAGUCCAUUGAGCAUAUCAUAAAAUUAAAAUCACAAGUUUGUAUUCUUAGAUCCCUUGCGGACUUCUACGGCACAUGAUCUAAAUACUUCAUGGCAUGUGUCUCAGCAGUUCAGUUUUCUCAUCUUUAAGGGUCAACUUAUCAUCUAUGACUUCUUAGGACCUCAACCUGUUCCCUUACCACUAGACUAAAGCCUCAGUGGUGAGUUUCUAUUCUAAUGUUUGUUGCUACUGUUUUUAUAUUUUAGUUUUUCUCAAUUAUGCAGACAUCAAAAGGACAAUAAUUCCCAUGUUGUAAG